UUUUAGCGUGGUUCUGUGUUGAGUGAAGUACAUUGUUUAACAGCUGAGUUUCAUGAUUGCUCAAGUGCCGGUAUAACAGCAAAAAAGUGAACCAAACCAAACAGGGUGACUUAGGUAUUAAAAAUGUUCAAGUUCAAUUUUGAAGUGAACGAUUCGGAUUCAUCGGACAACACUGAGAGUCCUUUUAAAAAACCUAAAGUUGACCAAAAGAUAAAUUCAGAAUCAGAAAAAGACGAAAAGAUACUCUGGUAUAAAGCAGAGCAAAUAAAGCCAACUAAAGUCAUUUUACAAAGCUUGGAUCUGUACGAACUUAAUGCAAAAGUACUAACUUUCAAAGACGUCGAACUACGGCAUAUAAUUGCGGGCUUUCUGCUUGAAGAUAUUAAAAAAAACAGUGAUGUAGAUAGUAAAGACAUUAAGAAAUCCGAAGAAAGUCACUCUGAUUUAAUAGCAGGUGUAUAUGAAGGUGGAGCGAAAAUUUGGGAGUGCACUGAUGAUUUGUUAAAAUAUUUGUUCAAAAACUAUGAAAAAAAACAUUGGGAGAACAAGCUGGUCUUGGACUUGGGCUGCGGAUCUGGGCUUUUGGGAAUAUACGCGAUGAAAUGUGGUGCGAAAGUAGACUUUCAGGAUUAUAACAAGGACGUUUUGGAGAAAAUCACAAUACCAAAUGUACUGCUUAACUUAAAUGAAACGUUAACCGAUGAUGAAAAAAUUGAUCAGCUACAAAAAAAAAGUAAUUUCUACGCUGGCGACUGGUCAUAUUUCACGACACUUACAGAAAACCUUGAGAAAUAUGAUAUAAUACUAACAUCAGAAACGAUAUAUAACAUGGAAAAUCAACAAAAGCUAUUGGACACAUUUAAAAAACGACUAAAAUCAGACGGUAUUGUUCUGGUAGCUGCCAAAUCACAUUACUUUGGUGUUGGUGGUGGACUAGAGCAGUUGGUUGAGUUUAUAAAAAGUGGAAAAGAUUUUCUAAGCACCUAUUUGUGGCAGGCUGAUGAAAAUCUCAAGCGCGGCAUAAUCCAAUUAAAGUUGCAAUGAAAAAAAUA